AUGAGUGAAGAGGAAUAAUAAUUAUAAUCUGGAAGCGGAAUAAAAUUAGAAGCAGCUAUAAAACAUAGAAGAAAGAAGGAGGAGAUAGAGAAGGAUUUCAUAUGCGGAGAUCCAAAUUGUGGCAGAAAGUAUGGGACAAAUGCUGCUUUGUAUACUCACAUAAAAAAUAAACAUAAUGGAGUUCCACCUACUGGAACUGUUAAGCCAUCAACUUCAAAAAAGACAAAGGAAUAAACUCCUAUGAUGGACCAAAUGGAUGAUGAAUUAAGCAAAUCAGUAGCUACAAUGAAUGACCCUGAUUUUAUGAAGUUCACAAUAAUGAUUAGCAAUUUGGGUCAUUUCAAUGACAAGAACAUUAUCGUUAGAGAUGCGCAAGAGCCUUGUUUUUAAUUGGAGGAAGAAAAGUUAUUGGAUAUAUACGAAAAAAUUUUGAAAGGAAGUAGAUUGAUUUCGGAAACUAAAGGGAAUUCUGUUUUUACUAAAAAAGCAGAGAUGUAUUUGAAAUUUUCUUCUCCUAUUUGGAAAAAGCAUAUAAUAAAUGAAUUAUAUACUAUUUUGAUAUAUGCUUAUAUUUUUAAAGGAGAAAAUUUUGAUACUAUUGAAAAAGAUAUUUCUAGUAACUUGACUAGUUAUAAAUUGUUUUCGGAACUUAUUAAGUAAGACAAGGUGGAUUAAUUUAGAGAAGUUUACACUACAAUCUGGAAUUUCAUCGUUUGAAUAAAAUUGUAUAAAUAUAAAAAUUAUUACAAAAUAUC